GUAAAGAAAAAUAUGAAUAAAACGCGAUGGAUACCCGUAAUGAUCCUCAUCCUUAUUCUAACGAUAAAAGAAAGUAAAGCCAGCGGUGGAGAUGUACCCUUGCGAUGCGACGAGUACAAUCCCAUGGGAUAUAUGGACGUGAACGAGGCCUUUUGCACAGUAACCGGAUUCACGGUCACUCACAGCCAGAAUAUCGUGAUCAAGAACAUAUCGCCCGGCAAUAUGGUGAAGUUCAUGAAGUUUUACGAGUCGACGCUGCUAUAUAUGCCCUUCCAUCUCUUCGAAACGUUUCCAUAUCUAAAGACCCUGGACGUAUCGAAUACAAACAUUUUGGAGCUAACCAGAAAUGCCUUCAGUGCGGCCAGUAAUCUUACCUAUCUGAAUCUGGCCUAUAACAACUUGACUUCCAUCCAGACAUCGGUAUUCAAUGGAGCUAGUAAUUUGAUGAGAUUGGAUCUUUCCUAUAAUGAAAUAUCUUCACUGAGCGUUAAUGCUUUCUGUGGCUUGCAGAACAUUGGCCAAAUAUAUCUAACUGGCAAUCUGCUGACGGAGCUGCACAAUGAUAUUUUCAAGGAUAAUGAGUAUCUGGAGAAGAUAUCCUUCGAGGGGAAUCUGCUGGCCAGCAUUCAACCGGAGGUUUUCCGCAAUAUGAGGCGGAUCAAGGAGGUGAAUCUAUCCAACAACCAACUCGUUUUCAUCCAUCCGGAUACCUUUGCCGAUGCUGCAAGCUUGGAGAAUCUGAUGUUGUCCUACAAUAAGUUGAAAGACUUUUACCUAACGGAAAAGAGCAUCGUCCACCAGCUGUACUUGGAUAAUAACAAUCUGACCAAUUUGACCAUUAAUGCCACACGAUUCGUACGCGCCAGUCACAAUCAAAUUUCGAAGCUUAUUUUGCAUCAGAUUCUGCACAUCGAAACAUUGGAUUUGAGUAGCAACAAAUUAACUAGUCUAUCCAACAUCACAAACAUUACCUACUUGCUCUCCCUGGACGUCUCGGAUAAUCCCAUUGAGCCUCUGAACAUCAGCACCUUUUCGCAACUCAAAAGACUGAGAGGGUUAAAUCUUCGAGGAACUGGCAUCCGAGAGGUGAAGUUUGGAAUGUUUUCAAAGCAGAAAUACUUGGAGGACCUGGACUUAUCGUUCAACAACUUGACCAGCCUCAAUCUGGAUAUGUUUGUGCCGUAUCUGACUAACCUGAAAAAGUUCCUAAUAGACGGCAAUGGACUAACGGAGCUCCUGGGUAAUCGUACGAUUUCCGAAGCCUUCCCACUACUUCAGAAAUUGGGAGUUUCCAGAAAUCGCUUUAAUUGCACCUAUCUGCACCGUCUCCUUAUUCCACCUUCGCUUCCCGAAUCUGUGGUGCUGAAUAUCGAACCGGAUAACAACCUGGAGGAGACCCCACAUAUCCGGGAUGUCUCCUGCAUCAGUCAAUCUCAAAUGCUGGUCAAUGCCUCCUUCACCGCCGAAGAGUCCCGCCUCGAAACUCAGAUCCUCACCUUGUCAAAGCAGCUGGACAUUGUGGGAAUUCACUCGAAGAAUCUGGAACUUCACCUGGUUUUCAUGCAGGUCUUUGCCUACGUUUUGGGCAGCAUGGUCCUGGUGGGCAUGGUGGCGCUUAUAGUCCUCCGGCAUCUGAAGAAUCGUCGAUCCGGUCGAUACGAUCGCAGCAGCAUAGUCUUCCGCUCCAACGCCACAAUGGAAGCUAAUCUGACCCUGGGCAGUGAAGAUCUUCAGUAAUUCCGCACAAAUGACUUUUAAAACACUCAAAAAAUGUAAAAUAAUGACAAAUAUAAAAAAGAAUAAAUUUUAAUAUGUAACUUAGGAGGUAAAAUAAAAUGGAUAAGUCAAAAUAUUUUAUUAAUAUAUUUCAUUAAGUUAUUGCUUUUACAAAGAUCUUUAAUUAAACUUUUAUUUUUUUUUUCAAUAAUAAUCUUGACUAUAAGAAGUUGUAGGCAUAACUUGAGAUGUGAAAUGUAAAAUGCGGAAAUAAAAUUGAUAAAAAGUCA